UCGGUGUUAUCAUGAACGAAUGCCGGGCUGAAAUUUAGCGGAUUUCCUCACCAAAACUUAGUCCAAAGUCAUCACCAAGUAUUUCUAAGUCCUGGUGGUCUCAACAUUUCUCGGAAUCGUCUUCCUCUUCUUUCAAUUCAUUGACAAUUGACAAAAUGGUUCUCGAUACUAUUCUGCCAAAGGCUGUCCUUACUGGACUUGCUGGUAUUGGAGCUUUCAUUGUCGCUGGCAAAGUCAUUAGCUACAUCCAGCUUUUAUUGAGUCUUUUCGUCCUAUCCGGAAAGAAUCUUCGAACGUACGGAAAGAAAGGAACUUGGGCAGUAGUGACUGGUGCUUCUGAUGGUCUCGGCAAAGAAUAUGCAAUUCAACUUGCCCAGAAAGGAUUCAAUAUUGUCCUUGUCUCCCGCACUGAAUCGAAACUUCAAACUCUUGCCUCCGAAAUUCAAACCAAAUAUGCCGGUUCGAAUAUACAGACAAAGAUUCUUGCCAUGGAUUUCGCUGCCAAUAGGGAUGAGGAUUAUGCAAAGUUGAAGGCUCUUGUUGAUGGACUUGAUGUAGGAAUCUUGGUCAACAAUGUUGGACAAAGUCACAGCAUUCCAGUGCCGUUUAUUCAGACACCAAAGGAGGAAAUGAGAGAUAUCAUUACCAUCAACUGCACAGGUACACUUCGAGUUACUCAAAUUGUAGCACCUGGAAUGGUCCAACGCAAACGCGGGUUGAUCUUAACUAUGGGUUCAUUUGGUGGAUGGUUACCGACUCCUCUACUGGCUACAUACUCUGGAAGCAAGGCAUUCUUACAACAAUGGUCAACAUCCCUCGGAGGCGAACUUAAGGGUACAGGCGUCGACGUCGAGUUAGUACUGAGCUACCUUGUUACGACCGCAAUGAGCAAGAUUCGACGUACCAGCAUGUUUAUUCCGAACCCAAGAACAUUUGUCAAGACUACUCUGGCCAAGAUUGGUAGAAGUGGAGGAGCUCAGAAGAUGGCUUAUACAAGUACACCAUUUUGGGGUCAUGCGUUAAUGCAAUGGUGGUUGGAGAAUACCUUAGGAGUUGGAGGGUCGUUUGUGGUAGAUCAAAACAAAGGCAUGCACCAGAGUAUUAGAACCAGAGCUUUGAAGAAAGCCGAAAGGGAUGCUAAGAAGGCAUGAUUCAAUAAACCAAAAGAGCUUGAUCAGGCUGAGGAGUGAAACGAGGAGUGAAACGAAGAGUGGAAGGCGAGCGAUGGAUGAACGAAAUGCACAAAUUGCUAGAUGUCUUAUGCUAGGAAUUGGGUGAAUUGGCUUCAUGAUGACAGUAAGGAACUCAUGAGAAGGAACUAUAGAUUAAAUCUUCUCUGGUUUUUUCGAGAUAGAUGAGAAGAGUAUAAAAUCAAUAUCAAUAUGACAUGAUGCUCAGCGCUAUGUAUUCUGGGAUAGAUUUCGAACAACUUG